AUGGGCCUUCGGCCUAUAUUGGACGCCGACACUCCAAAUCCUUUGAUUCGCGAGAAAUCAUCAGAGCUGGAAGUUUUUUUUUACGAUGAACCUCCAGUCCGAUGGCUACCUGAAGUCUAUGCUGAGCUUCAUGGCGGGGACACUAAGGGCUUUGUCGAUGGCGUAAGACAUAUGUCCACCUGGGGACGCUUCCCACUGCGAUCGUCGACACGCACUCUGCUAGAGCACUGUGAGUCGGACUAUGGCAAAAAGCAGCUUGCCCUUCUGGUUUCAUUCUUUACCUUCCAAGUUGUGUCUGACUACCUAGCAAUCAAUGCUGGCUCAUGCUCGGCGGACCAACUGAAAGAUGACCUGUACCCAUCAGGCGCGAGGAAAGACAGCGGAAAUCCAGGCAGUCAUACAACCGCCGACAUUGACUACGAAGACCAAGAGACACCACCUCCAAAGAAAGCUCGCGUCGGGCAGGUCACCACGCAUCGGUCACAUUUAUCUCCCACUACUGAAGAUGGCUACAACACGACUGGUUCUCCACUGGCACCCCGUGCACGAUCCUUGAAACCUAUCAGCCCCGCAGCACUUCUUGCUGGAGGAUCAGCUCCAGCAUCGCCAGAUUACAAUCUUCGUGACGGCUACACCUUACCUCCGUGGGCUAAGGACCGUCCCUUGCACACAUUCAAGUUACAGCUACUGGAUGAUUGGGGCCCUCGAUUGACAGGUCUAUAUGAAGCAGCCAAGACUAAACCUGUCCUUGAUCAUACUCAUGUUGAUGAAAUUGCCUUGCUAUCUGGCAUACUCCACCUCAACAAGAACCACGUUGGGUUCACUGGCCAGGAGGUAAAAAAGAUCUCCAGAGAAGUUCUCCAAAAAUUUUACAGUCGAGAGAAAGAGGACGAGGAUAUUCAGCGGUCUCAGGAUGCUGCUCUCCUCUGGACAAGCUGGGUUCAGAAAUGGAAGUCGCUUCUUCUGAACGAGAAGGUUGCGGCACAGAGAGAUGAUCGGGAUCCAGCCAAGGUGGUUAACACAGAACCAGUUGUGGAGGCGAUACUGUCGUCCUAUGCUGAUUGCAGGAGCAAAAACAUCACGUCAAUCUUUUUCAUUGCCUUGCACGUGUUUCGUGAAUACAACAACUGGGCUGCUAUGGUUUCUGAGUCGGAUUGUUUGAUGGCAGUUGUUGGUCCGAUCUUGAAAGAGAUCAUGUCUCUCCAACACAAAAUCAAGUUUACAUGUGCCAACGCUUGUACAUCCGUCGGAAAGACCAGAAAGGCCACGCUCAAACAAGAUGGUCAGUCCCGCCAACCCGAUGUCAUAGGGCAGACGGAGGACAAAGAUGGAAAGGCUGUCAAUACGGAUAUCCUCCGCCUUGCAAUCUUUUCCAAGGAUUCUCUGGACGUGUUACACAACACCUUGGAGCAAGGCCCGCCACUGCUGACCUUCCAGACUGUUGGUCUCGAUGUUACCUUCUUCUUGGGAACCAAGAUCAACAACACUAUUGUUCACAUUCAGCUAUCGACUGUCAAGCUACCAUCACGUUUGACUGAGCUGGAUCUGGACCACGAUUUCUUUUUUCACCUAUUCCAAGUCCAGACCUUGAUCAAUAUCACAAACGAUCGCCUUGAGAACAAGAGGGAUGAGCCACUACAAGAGAUCUUUUUCCCGACCCUUGGGACUCCAGAGCGUAAUGCAGCUUUGAAGAGUCCGCUUAAGAGAGCUACCGCAUGA